GAGGGCUCAUCUGUCCAUCGAGCUCCAUCCAUGGUCACAUUUCUCCUGCCUCUGACUCUGUGAGAUCUCAACAGCAGGAUGCCUGAACAUGUCCAAGAGCGGAAACCCAAGAUCUCAGCCUCAAGGAAGCUGAUGCUACAGAGUCUGAUGGUGGCAAAGGCCAAGGAGGAAUUGGAGCAGGAGAUUUUAGACAAAGAGGAGGAGAAACAUCGGUACCUGGCUGAGAGAGCUCCUCCUUUAAACAUGAGUGGCCUGAGCCUUGGCCAGCUUCAGGAUCUCUGCAGGGAGCUACAUGCUAAGAUAGAUGUAGUUGACGAGGAGCGAUAUGACAUUGAAGCUAAGGUCAUGCUCAACACACGCGAGAUUAAAGACCUGAAUAUCAAGGUGCUGGACCUCAGGGGGAAAUUCAAGAGGCCUAAUCUUCGACGUGUCCGCGUGUCAGCUGACGCCAUCCUUCGCUCGCUGCUGGGAUCCAAGCACAAAGUCUCCAUGGACCUGCGAGCCAAUCUCAAGUCUGUCAAGAAAGAGGACACUGAAAAGAAGAGGCCAGUGGAGGACAGUGACUGGAGGAAGAAUGUGGAAGCCAUGUCAGGGAUGGAGGGAAGGAAGAAGAUGUUUGAUGCUGCUAAAGGUUCUGCGCAGUGAAGCCAGGAGGCGGGCUGGGGUCACAUCAGUGACAUCACUCCCCUACAUCUGAAUCUGUCCUGGUCUUCCUGGGUCUAUCGUGUUGUUGUUGCACGCUGAUGUCCCUGCGUAUGCUCCUGCCAUGGAGGUGACAGUAUGCCCCCACACCCCUGAAAGGCUUUCAACUACUCUGUCAGCUUGUUUUUGAUAAGGUGUUAAAAUGAUUGUUAUGUAAGAUUAUUUGUACUUUUCACACCAUGUUGCAGCAAACAGACAAUC